AUGGGCUUCCAUACAAUGACAUAUACUGCGCCUUCAAAGAGUCAUCGUUGGUUUCGUCGAUUGUUCCCCUUUAAAUCUGCUAAAACCAAAAAAGAAAAUGAUAAAAAUGUCAUCCAGAGUGCAAAUGAUCGCAACAGCAGUUUGGAAUGGGUCGCAUCAGCAGAAGUGCCGAAGGAUGCGGUUUCGGUCAAGGAUGAACAAAAAGAGUAUUACAUUGCUAAACUUCUGCCACAAUUUGAGUUUUGCUUCUUUGACAAAUAUGAAAUGUCAUUCCUCACCUUAAACACCGACUUUAAAAUGCAGCAUUUAAACAUUGUGGCGUAUUUAAUGUCAAGUGUGGUGACAUCAGAAAACCUAGUGCUUAAACAUUUCCAAGCUUCCAACAAGAACUGCAAACAGUCCAAACAUACGGUGAAAUUCGACCAAAAUAUUGACAAAACAACUACUUACCAAACAGGUAGAACCCAUACAUUUGGAGUGAAUGCAGAGAUAUCAGUCUGUGGUAAAAUUCUGACUAUGGCAAGUAUUGGAGGAAAAUUCUGGCUUAAAUAUGAGUACAGUCACUCUCGUUCUAACACUACAUCUGUAGUUGAGAAAACCCUGCACUCUGUGGGUAUGGAGGUGGAGGUUCCACCCAACCAUUCUUGCACCAUUGACAUUACAAGCAAUACGUUCACGGAUGAAGUCCCAUUUACUGGCGAAAUAACUAGAAUGUACAAAAGCAAUGAAAUAGGCAAGACCUUCAUCAACGGCACCUACACCCAGCAGGAAGUAACGGAAAUUCAAACGCUUGUGAAUUCCUGCCAAAUGCUCUCUGAAGUAAGGAAAUGUUAG